AGAAAAAUGUCGUACGCCAUGUUGUGAGAGGGAUCCUGAGGGUCAAAUUUAUCUGAUGCCAUCGCGGUAGCAUGUAAAUAGAACGCACAGUCCAUGCCCGUUCUCAAUAUGAGUGAAGUAGGUUGGGACAACAGGCAGGCGAUGCUGGCGAAUGGACAGGAAACGGUAGGAGGCCCUCGUCAGCAUAACAUGGGGACACGUUCCCAAGACGAUGCGAUGGUCGGCUACUUUUUCCAGAGGCCUCAAACGGACGCCGAAUUAAGUAGCUACAGCACUAAGCGAUGGGCUGUAGGCGAUGACAGCAUGAUCGAACAGGCUCGAAAUGUAGGUGUUAACGAUUUGGAGAGAGACUUUCAAGGACUGUCUGUUGGACGAGACAUUGGUCCACAUGGCAAAAAGAUCUGGGACAUCGGAGAGGACCCCAACAAGGGAGGUAACUCUAAAGGUGUUUUUCAUCAGGGUAGUCCGUGGGCCCCACCUGAGAACAGCUGGGAUGCACCGCCUGGAAUUGUGGAGCACUCGGUGUCUCAGCCCAUCCAGAUGGUACAGAGACGGCCUGGCAGUUUCCCUAGUAAUGACACCCACUCGGUGCUCUCCCCCCCGCUCAGAGACCAGUGCCCUCGGCGUCAACAUGGUGGAAUAUGUCCUCGGGGGAUCGCCAACGGGCAAGGAACUGGACAACCGACUGCGAAUGAAGGGAGGCUACCCAGCUGGAAAACGUGCCAUGUUUGUGCCUCCGCAGGAGGGCGGGCAGGACGCUCCGAUGGAAAAGAAAACAAAGACACCUUCGCCUUUCGAAGGGGGUGACCAGGACCGAGGGGACAUGGAAAACAAGGAGAACAGCCAGUCGAACGGGAUUCUCCAAAACGGGCUUGAUGACGGCUUCAGUCGAACUCCCGGAAGCCGUCAGAACUCUCCAACUCAUGAAGAUAGUAAAAUGCACAUGCCCCAUCAACCAAUGGGAAUGGACCCUCAGAAAAUGGUGCAUGGUCGCCCGGAUAACAGUUUCCUGGAGCAACAUCCCCAUCUAAAUCACGCCUCUGGUUUUCAACUGGACCCCCCACAAUUUGAACCUGUAGGCAUUGAUCCUAUUCAAUUUGAUUAUUCUAGUCAGCUUGUUUCCUCAAUGGACAGCCCCAACUUCAAUAUGGACUACAAUCAACAGCAGCAACUGCUUCAGCGUCAGCAGCAGCCUAUAGCUGUGUUAACCCAGCAACAGUACGCUCUGGCAGCACAACAACAACAACAGCUGGGCCCAGUGCUCCACCCUCAGUACUAUGGCAUCCAGACCCCCUGGGGGAUUUACCCAGCCAAUAUCAUCCAGCAACAGGGUCAGGGGACGCCCCAGCAGGCACAGCUCUCACAGCAGCAACAACAACAGAUGCUGCGGGGACAGAACGGCCGACCUUUGACCCCAUCCCAGCAGAAUGAGGCCAUGGCCACGCCCAGUUCCACCCUCCCAGCACAAGCGCUACAAACACCAGGGGCUGGCUAUCAGAUCCUAGCGCCUGCGUAUUAUGACCAGAAUGGUCAACUGGUGAUGGGGAAUCCGCGGGGGCUGGGCACACCUGUGCGCCUCGUCUCACCUGCGCCUGUUCUUGUUAGUGCUGCUGCGGCAGGUAACCAACAAGGUGGCGCUAAUGGGCUGGGGAACAACCCGCUACGUUUACUCUCUACUCAGUCAGGUCAGGGUCAGAACCAGCCUGUGGUCUAUUCCAGUAACAGUAAUCCACCCACCCCUCAGAACAACACCAUGGGUUACACCCCUAGCAACAGUUUGGGCUACACCCCGGUAACGACCAGCCUCUUCACCCCCAUCAGUAACAGCCUCGGUCUGACGCCACAGCAGUCAGCACCUUUCGGGAACACCAAUCUUGGCUCCUCUACCCCUGGCACUAUCGGAUCAGGCCUGAACGGGCAGAGACGAGACUCGUUAGACUUCGUGAAGCAGCGCCCCCUACCCACUCUAAACCAGUACUACAACUCGCUCGGGGGAAUGGCGGGCUCCCCCGCUGGUCCCAUGGGGCUUGUCCAGCCGGGACAGUCCAUCACACCGCCGCCAUCACUUACAGGCUCAAACUCGAAUCUCACACUGGGCUUUGGUAAUGGUAGAUUACCGUCGUCUGCCCCUGGGGCCGAGAAUAAAUACCGAAAUGGCCCAAUGUCUUCAGCCAAUGGACUCUUUGGUGGCAGUUCGCUAUUUCCAGCCAGGGCCAUUUCAAGAGGUGCAAGUCUGUCGAAAGAGGUAACUGGACGGAGUCGUUUACUGGAGGAUUUCCGCAACAAUAGAAUCCCGAAUCUCCAGCUGAAGGACUUGGUAAACCAUGUUGUUGAGUUCUCACAGGACCAGCAUGGAUCUCGAUUCAUCCAGCAGAAGUUAGAGCGGGCUUCGCCGUCUGAGAAGGCCAUGGUGUUUGGGGAAAUACUCACUGCUGCCUACAGCCUUAUGACUGAUGUGUUCGGCAACUACGUCAUCCAAAAAUUCUUUGAAUUUGGGAAUUCGGACCAGAAGCAGACGUUGGCUCAGCGUGUCAGAGGUCAUGUGUUGCCGUUGGCGCUGCAGAUGUACGGUUGUCGCGUCAUUCAGAAAGCGCUGGAAUCCAUUCCUGCAGACAUGCAGGUGGAGAUUGUUAAGGAGUUGGACGGCCACGUAUUGAAGUGUGUCAAGGACCAGAAUGGAAACCACGUGGUGCAGAAAUGCAUCGAGUGUGUUGACCCCAAACAUCUCCAGUUCAUUAUUGAUGCAUUUAAGGGACAGGUGUACACACUGUCGACGCACCCAUACGGAUGUCGUGUGAUCCAGCGGAUCCUGGAGCACUGCAUGACGGAUCAGACAACACCUAUUCUGGAGGAGCUUCAUGACCAGGUGGACCGCCUGGUGCAGGACCAAUAUGGCAACUACGUGGUGCAGCAUGUCCUGGAACAUGGCCGGCCCGAAGACAAGAGUAAGAUCAUCAACAUGAUCCGUGGCAAAGUCCUUCUGCUCAGUCAGCACAAAUUUGCCAGUAAUGUGGUGGAGAAGUGUGUUUCGCAUUCCUCGCGGUCAGAGAAGGCCAUGUUGAUAGAGGAAGUGUGCUCUGUAAAUGAUGGUGCCUUGUACACAAUGAUGAAGGACCAGUUUGCUAACUACGUGGUUCAGAAGAUGAUUGACGUAGCAGAGCCCCCACAGAGGAAGAUUCUCAUGCACAAGAUCCGUCCCCAUGUGGCCACACUGCGCAAGUACACCUACGGCAAGCAUAUCCUGACCAAGCUGGAGAAAUUCCUGCUGAAGAACAACCCUGAUUUGGGCCCCAUUGGCAUGCCGCCAAAUGGGGCCCUUCCCUGAGACCAGGGCCCUACCUAUAGACCCCUAACUGCUACCCCAGACAAGAGAAACUCGGGGCAUCUUUUUGGAUUGAUGAAAGUCAAAGCAGCAGUACUGUUAGGAUUGCCACAAUGUAAUGUCUGACAGACAGUACUUGUCCUUUUGUUUUCUCUUUUUAUUCUUUCUUUGUUUACCAUGUAUAACCAAAUUGAAUGGUGGAAAAAGUUUCCCUGCGUAUCGUCAUGGUACAUGUUGUUGUUGACUUAACUUUGUCUCUAAUCGACAAGAAAAGUAAGACGCUCAUAUUGAAUCUUGAGACCAAUUUUGUAACCUGGUGUUCAAUUUUUUUGUCGCCGAAGGAUCCUAGGAAAUAAUUUGCAUGAAACAUUUUUUGAGGAUUUGCUGUGCCUGGUUAUAUCUGGCAGUCGUAAAAAAGUUGACGUUUUUAAGUUAGGCGUUGUCGUUUUUUUGUUGUCUGUUGUUGUUUCUUCAGGAAAUCUGAAGCAUUCUGGGUAACUUUUUUCGUGUCUGCUGCGGUGUUCUUUGGGCUUUGUAAUGCUUUUGUAGAGGUGACUAUUUUUGUAAGUGUUAUAAUCUUUGUAUAGUCAAGGUCGCUGCUAGGGGAACUACCUGCUUUUUGUGUGACUUGUAAAAUGUCUUUGCUACAUGUAGAUUAAAUACACUGUUAUGUGAGAUUGUAGGAAAUCUUAAAAGAAAAUUUUUCGCAUUUAGGUCAAAUUUUUAAGGCCUAAAUUUUUUUUUUUUACUGAGAUUGUAUUUUAGUUGUAUUUUUUGUGCAAGAAGCAUGUAAAUUCUAAGGUCUGUAUUAAAGGUUUGCUCGAGCAAUUUGGCCCACCAAUUGAUCGGUGGUGGUAAACCAUCUUGAUAUGAUCUUUGUACUAUAAAAUAGCGGAAGUAGUAUUUUUUGAAGUUGGCUCUCCUUAGCAGCUUACACUCUCAGGCUGGAUAUGGGUGGUUGCUAUAAACUUGUGGCCAUAUGUUUGGCGUUCCCUCCCCUGCUUGGAAUCGGUCACCAGGGGGAGCCAAUGCUGUACAGCUGUAAAUAUGUCCAAUGAAGUAAAUAGUAGGCUCCGUGAGAGAUUCACCCUCAUUUUUUUUCUACUGUACAGAAUCACACCUGACCUUUUGUUGUGUACAGAUGACCUUUAGCCUUUCACCUCAUAUGAAAAUAGCUCAUCAGCAGAAUUCUCAUGCCAAAAUCGAAAUUACUCUAUUGGAAAUAACUCAACCUACCCCCCCAAUUCUGUCUUUACUUUUGAAAGGUAGAUCUUAGGUGGGCUGCAAUUAAAGUGCUAUUGUAUAGAUAAGCCCUGCAUUCAAAGGCCUAAGAAAUAAUCCCUUACAUCUGUUAUCCUCGUGCGAGUGUACCUACUAAGUUUCCCACAAGAUAUCUCUCUGGGAGUACUAAUUAUAUAUAAAUACAAAACAGUUUACCUCCCCCUUAAGACGAAUUUUUACUUAAAUGAGUGUUGCUACACCUGCUUCAUACCUACAUAAGUUAUUUGAUCUCUUUGUGAAAACAUAUACAGUCAUUGGGAUAGAUAUUAAGAUUGGUAAUCGCUACGGAUUGUAAGAAGUGGGCCAGAAGAAAAUUGAUGUCGGGUUGUUUCGUUGGUGCAUGGAGGGCAAGUCUGCAUCUAGUGCAAUUUCCUUUGUCAUGUUUUUGGUGCAAGUUCAGUGAAAAAAAAAAGUGAAGCAAAACUUUUUUUUCUUCGACGCACCCGAUAGAAAACCCAGCCUCUUCACAUUCGGCUCUUCAUUGGUUUAAGUGUCUACUAUUUAUGGUCAAAUAAUCCAACUCAGCCAAUUUCCAGCCAACUGUUGAAAUACUUGCGUGUGAAUAUUUGUACAGUCCGAGUCAUUUUUGUACCCAAAACAAAUUGCAUGUAGUGUAAGUUAAUGAAUUUAAGGAGUCUCAUCUCCCGUUAGCAACCUGUAAAGUUUUUUGCACUGUGUAUAAGAUUGUAAAGUGCUCGUCCGAACCGCCCUUCACACCCCUACAUCUUGGGGCCCCUUGUAUCAUAACUGUAUCUGAGGACUUUUUUUUGUUGUUUUUUUUUUUUUAGUUACGUUCUAAGAAUUGGGACAGUAUUUGUAAAAAAACGAAACAUUUUUGGUGCUAAGUUUUGUUAACUCGGACCGACCCGUUAUAAAGACAAGACUCUUUGUUUUAAGUGUCUGGUCGGAUCUUGCUGAUGAUGAUGAUGAUGAUGAUGAUAAUGUGUAUACAAAUGUAGAAAGUUGUUACAAAACAUCCAGUCAAAACAUUUAACGCACACCAAAGCAAUGGCCGUGUUGGGCAAAGGGAAGGCGGCGAUGGACAUGGCAUAACCAGGCCGCCAUUUUCUUUCUUUCUUCAAACUUUACACAGGACAUGAAGAGUGUCAUCAUCUUCGGUGAAGUUUUGUCGGAAGUGUGCAUUUCUUUGUAAAAUAAUCUGGCCUAGUGGUUUCCGAUUAAGGGAUUACAAAGCACUUACAUGGGAAGUCAUAUUUGUUUCUUUCUUAUUUUAUUUUAGAAAAUGGGUCACUUUUGACAUGUGUACAUAGAUGGAUAUGUCACUGAUGUGUUUGUUCAUCACGCCACCAUCACUUCCCCCUGACCAGCUUUUUUACAUUGAAAUCAUUUGGGGGAAACCUUGUCAUCUGUGGUUGUCUCCCCUUGCACACAUGUCCGCCAUUGCUUUUGUUGUGCAGUCGUCAAGAGCUUUAAGGAAAUCUUCCAUCCGCAUUGUAAAAAUUCUGUUUUAUAUGUUGUACAUUUACCGUAGGAAUGAGUCUGUGGAAUGAGCGGCGUAAAUUCCAGUUUUUGCCUUGAUUCGCUUGGUUCGGUCAUGGCCAUAUGUAAAGCAACUGUCGCCAGCCUAAGAGUCAAUUCGUGUAGCCGACAUGUAAAGUUUAUCACGGCAUUUUCAUUUGUAGAUUUCUCCAUUGAGUUACCUCCCCUUCCACCUUUCGCAAAUCACACGAGGGAUACAGCUGUAAGCAAAAUAUUUUCUUUUCCUGUGUGGGUGGUUUUUGUGUAUAACAGGUCGCAUUUGAAUUUUCGUCUUUCAAACAAGGCGCGAUACAUACAUCGUAAAAUUAUUUAGUGUAAAAAGUUUCUCCGAAUGCUUUUGUAAAAAGAAAGAACUAUCACUUGAAUUAUUUUUUUGUUGUAUAAAAGAAGUCCAUAUAUUUUCACUGACCCUUUCUUUGUACAAAAAAGUGACGUAUUCGAAUGAAAACCGAGAUAGAUUAUUCUUCCACUCUAUUCCUCACCUUGUCCCCUCUCACUGGUCAUCCCCACGCCCAAAACCCGAAAAGAUUUUCUCGAAUAAUCUGCAUUUCUUGUAAAUGUUUUCUUGUACAUAAGUAUUUCAAUAGCCUGUGGAUGUGGGCGAAAUUCUGCGUAGGAAACCGGUACUCGGGGCGCCGUCGCCACCUUUUAAUAUCACUGAAAGCUCUGCCUAUUCCAAUACUGCUAAAGUUAACAUAACCGUUUGGUCCCCGCGGAUCGUCCUGAUCAGCAAAUCUGUUCAGUCUGUGCAUUGCAGUUAAUUCCACUUAAUUUUGCCCGAAACUAAUUUUUCUCUCUAGGAUGAUAGCUGCAGAAUGUAAAGUUACAUAUUACAUGUAUACACACAGGUCGUGCCUUUCACAUUCGAAUUUAGUUUCGUUCUGCAUCAGCCUCCCACAUAUGAGAUUACUGCUCUACAAGUCACAUAACACUUGUAUUGCAGUUUCUAACCUGUGAAAGUUUUGUUUUUAUCUUAUAAACGUGUAUAGUGCUUAACAAAUGCUUGCUGUCUGAAACACCUCGCCUCCCAUCCGUUCACUUCAAACUUGGAGUCUAUAGAAUUCUUGCUUUAUAUUCACGUAGCGUGCUUGUGUAAACUUGUAUAUUUGUUUGUCCAUUGUUGUUUCUGUGACAACGGAGACGCUAUUCUCUCAAGAACUGCAAUUGUUCACAUUUGUAAAAGAAUCGUGAAAUUUGUAUAUGUUUGCCAAUACGCUUUGCACAUACAUGUAUAGACACUACAAACCGCCGAACAUUUGGAGAUGGGAUUAGCUGUUUUCGUAUGAAAAUAGCUUCGAUUUCAGUCUCUGUCCAAUCCUAUUUAUGUAUAAAAACUAUGAAAUUAGUUAUUGCAUUUUUCAAAAUCGGAGGAAUAUAAUUUUUUUUUAUUAUGGGGUCAGUGUGAGCUGAUUAUUCUCUUCAUAAAAUUUACAUUUGUGUUUUUUUGUUUUUCUUUUUGUUUGUGGAGACCUUUUCCCGUUACCAUGGUUAUCGAAUGCUUGAAAUCACAGGCAUUCUGUCUAAUUCAUAAAGUGUUGAGUUCUGCUAAUUUGUGAGAAUGACAAACCAUACAGGGGCUGGAAAUCCUAGCCGUUUACUCUGCCAAUGAAUUUCGUAUUUUCCCUGUAUAGUUUUAUAGUUGAAAUUUUUAGUUAGAUUGGUGUGGGUAACUACGUUCUGACGUCCUUCACUGACCCGCAUCUCUUCUCUUUUUGGACACCAAAAGGUGAUUGGUUUGUUUUCAACCAAGGAGGCAGGCUUUGUGAUUAAAACCCACUGGCCAGCGAGUUGUCCUCUCUGUCUAGUGUAUUCUGGCAUGUCCUACGAGGGUUGUCGGUAGUUCCACUUCACUGGUGGCGACAUCCACAGCAUUUACUUAUAUCCUAGAGGGCUAGAAUUUUUUGUACUUUGUAUGGUAUAUAUUCACCGAAGUAUUAUUCCUAUUGCGUACACUGUGUAUAUUGGUUAAUAAUCAUUCAUUGUAAAUGUACCUGGUUCGAGAAAGUGCCGUAUUUAAGAGGAAAAAAAAAAACAACAACAAACGCUAGAAACGUUUAACUGACAUUGUCAAUAUUUUAUUACAUAUUCCCAUCAAUUUUUGUACAGUGUCCGUUUAAGACAGGUGUUUGCUCGCUUAUGGGUUGAAAUCCAAACGCAAUCAGCAUGAGAUUUGGCUGGAAAGCAGUAAACAUUAUUCUGAUUUGUAAUGAUCUGAGAUAUAGUGGAGUGAUGUACUGAUUUGAGAACAAUCUGUUCGCCUUCUGUCGAUCAGUGUCAAGGACAAUCUCCGCGCUGGGUCGGGGUUUGUCCGGGGUGAUCGUCUUGGCAACGGCAAAGUUUUUUUGCACCCAGUUGUAGAUCUACAGUGUACAAUUUGUAAUUUUUUGAAAAACGUUUGUGGAUUUUUGUAGCUUUUUGUUAAAUGUACAGAAUGUAUAAAACGAAACAUGAAAAACUCGUGUCAGCCAGUGUACUAAGCCAUGUUUAUUAGUUAAUAAAGUUCUUCUAUGG